UCCAAAUCCGGUCCUGAUUUGGACCUGCCCCACGGGGCUCUCUUUAUCCAAAUUUAGGGUUCUUAGUAUGGGCGGGCAAUUUGAGAUUUCUCUGAAAAAAAAAUUGAAAUUUAAAUCUCACUUUUAAAGCUCUGAGAAACAACAAGUAAGCAAGCAAGAAGAAAAUGGGGCAAAAGUGGGAAGAACAAGAGCAUCACCCAGCAGUAGACAGUUUAGUCACUCUCUUCAUCAAAGCUCAUCAUGAUCUCUCUCUUCUUCACUUCAAACUCGACAAAGAAUUCCAACAAAUUUACCCAGAUAAUGCUAAUCCUAUGAAACUUGUGGGUCGGAUUAAGAAAAUUCAGGAUGAGCUUUCUUCUCUUAAAGAUCAAUGUCGCCAGCUUCUCACUGCUAAGCAGGACUUAAUUGAUAAGGCGACUUCCAUUCUUGUUGGAAACAGAAGCAUGGUGCAGCGCAUGCAAGCAUCUGUUGGAAUUCCAGUGACUGAUGAUUCUGAAGAUGCUGCCUUUUCCAGCUUUAAUCAGAUUAUCGAUGAAUGGACCACUCAUGUCAGAUCAAAAACAGGAAAUGGAGGCAACACUUCCAUGCCAGAGGAUAUCAACGAUUUGUUGUUUGCAUCAAUUGUUCGGAGCAAUUAAUGGUGUAUAUUGCUGUAAUGAGAGCAAAGGGAUCCAGAUUAAUGACAAAAGUGAUCAUUUGUACAAAUUACAGGCACUUGUUUUCUGCCCUUUUAAUAGCUGUCUUGUGUAUUUACUUCAUGAGUUGAUUAGCUUAAACUGGAUCCGUUGAUUAUGGACCUCUUAGGUAAGUUGGUGAGGAUUUAUGUAGCAAGUGGGUGAGGCAAAUAAUUAGUAUUGCCUAGGUAAAUUUUAUGAACAGGCUGAGUACGUUGUUGCCCAUAUAUGUGAAUAGCUGUAUCUUUUGCUCUACUGAUCUGUGCACCACAGAUUCUGCAUUAAUUGUUAUCAAUCUUGCGGUCUUACCCAUUUGGACUU